AGGGGGAGAGAAACAGGCAGAGAUGGAAGAUGACCCUCCAAGUGAAGCCCAGAAAUGGAUUGAAGAUCUAUCAAGGGGUGCCAGUAGUCAUGGACUGGAGACCCUUAAUCUUAAGGGCCUGCAGGCUAUCUAUGUCCAAAAGGGUCUGAUUCACUGUGAUUUGGUGGUACCAGACUCUGUAUCGGAUAAAGAUGGAAAUUGGCAUGUUGGAGCGAUCUCGACAUUAAUCGAUGAUGUUGGGGCUGCUGCAAUUUUCUCGUUUGCAGGCCAUGUCAAAGCUUCCGUUGACUUCAGCGUUUCAUUUUACUCGACUGCUAAGAUUCAAGAAGAGGUAGAGAUAGAGGCAAAGGUUGUAGGGCACAGGGGAAGGCUUUCAUCAGUAGUGGUGGAGAUUAGAAGGAAAAGCAAUGGAGAAUUGAUUGCUUUGGGAAGGCAAUGGAUGAGCGCAGCCACUAUUAUACCUGGCCAUCUUAGUAAGAUCUGAUAUCAAAUAAGCCACCAUUACUACUUUUAUCUUUUUCCUACACAUUUUAAUUUGAUAGAAAGAGAAUUUGUUCUGAUUUUGCCUAAGAAAGGCUUGUGUAAUUUAUAAAAUAACUUGAAGAAUAGAUUGUUGUUUA